AUGUCUACCCCAGGCAGUGUACCGACCUACAGAUCUGCGCCUCUCAACUCCAAUGAAUCGGAGAAGGAAACGCAAGCCAGCCAAGUGCCAGUACAGCCUGCCACCGCAACAACUACAGCCCCAGACUCGCAGCCACAAACCACAUCGGCGACAGCUACAGCUCCUUCUUACGAACCCAUCUACGCAGCGGCACAACCGACCAAUCUUGCAGCACAACCAGGUGCAGCUGCUCAGUAUCCUACCCCUACCACGGCCGCCGCGGCGCCGGUCGAGUCAAAUUCGAUGCCAGUACCGACACCAACGUCCACCGUCCCAACCGCAACUACAUCGGCUGAAUCAACACAUUCACCACCUCCCCCACAACCAGGUCAUGUUCCACAACCGCCCACCCGCUCCAGCGAGCUGUCCACCGUACCUCCGCCCCCCAAAGCAGGAGAGACACCUGCAGUCUCUGCCACCGUCUCUGCUCCAGCUCCAACGCCAGCUCCAGCCCAUCCUUCCGCUCAAUUGCCCUCUACAUCUUCCUACGCCUACCAACCCCCGUCGGGUAUCGCUGCCUCGACCAUUCCCAACCCCAACUCCACCUCUACACCCUACUCGUCCAUCUACCCGCCCGCCGCCGCCAGCGGUCCCUCUGGUUCAAGUGGUCUGGCCCCCCAUUACAGUGGCAGUGGAGGUGGCGGCGCAAGUAGCAUUUUCCCGGAGGACGAGGAGCCUUCAAUUCUGAACACCGCAAAGGGCUGGGUUCAGAGUGCGGGAGAGAAAUUGGCUGAAGUGGAGGCGGAAGUGUGGAAGCGCAUCAACAACGCACACGAUGAAGAAAAGUGA